CAGUUUGUAAUACAGCCGUCCAGUAAAACGCUGAACUAAGCCUUUUUAGUGCUAGUGUCAGUGCCUGGGUUAGCUAGCUAAACUCUGUGCAUGAACAGAAAACUGAAUUUUGCUCUGUUUGGACAAUUCACUCGUAUAUUUAUCUCGAUUGUAUGAUUUAAGACAAACGUGACGGUUGCUAACAGCUAGCUGAGUAGCAUAACAAUGUGAGCUAAGUACAUUUCCCCAGUGCAGUUUAACAUGGACAGGGAAUGUAUUUCAAUAUGUUUUCGGAAUUAUUUCAAAUAUAAAAAGGGCAUGUUUGGUAUAUUAUUGUUUUUGCAUGGCGCAAAGAAGAGCACCGAUUUUUAAACAUGAAAGGAAGUUACCAAAUCAAGAACAUCAUUAUUUAAGCUACAUUUAACAACAAUGUCCAUCAGCUAUGGGGCUCCGUCAGCGUCUCCAUGGCCCAAUGAUGCGCCGUCACUGGCUGCUGGUCGGCGCUUGCGGAUGGGUGCUGCUUAUCCUCAUGUUCGUCAGCAAAUUCAUCAACUUCAGCAUCAGAAUGCCAGACGACUACGGGGGAAGGGCUGUGGUGUUAAACUGGACCUCUACAUCCUUAAAGAGUGAAAAACCUCUAAUUCAGCUUUCACAGAACCCAGCCUCACAGCCGUAUGCAGCGUCUUCAGGUAGCCCAACUCAGGUGGAGCUCUCAGACUGGGAGUCGGUGACUGUGCAGCGUUUGCAGCUAUUAUCCAGCAUCUGCAGGAACUCCUCUCUCCGGAACCUCACACACACUGCACUGCGCAAGUUCGUCCUCGACCGCAUCUUCGUUUGCGACAAACACAGGAUUCUUUUCUGCCAGACGCCCAAGGUGGGCAACACACAGUGGAAGAAGGUCCUCAUUGUCCUCAAUGGAAAAUUCUCCAAGGUGGAAGACAUACCCGAGAACGUGGUCCAUGACCACGAGAGAAACGGCUUACCUCGCCUGUCCUCCAUGAGUGACGCAGAGGUCGCGGAAAGAUUAAACACAUACUUUAAGUUCUUCAUUGUCCGAGACCCAUUCGAACGCCUCAUAUCAGCCUUCAAGGAUAAGUUUAUGGAGAACCCGCGUUUCGAGCCAUGGUACAAGCACAGCAUCGCCCCAGCCAUCAUCCGCAAGUACCGCAAAAAUCACCGAGACGCCUCAGGGAGCGCCGGCCUGCACUUCGAGGACUUUGUGCGCUACUUGGGUGACGAGUCGGGCCGGAAACAUCUCGACCGCCAGUUCGGAGAGCACGUCAUCCACUGGUUAACCUACGCUGAACUCUGUGCUCCCUGUGACAUUUCCUAUGAUGUAAUCGGCCAUCACGAGACACUUGAGCAAGAUGCUCCGUAUAUCCUCAAAGCUGCUGGAAUUGAGGACUUGGUAUCGUACCCCAGCAUCCCUAAAGGCAUAACGCGCUACAACCGGACCAAGGUUGAACGCUACUUCUCUGGGAUUAGCAAAAGGGACAUACGACGACUUUAUGCUUGCUACCAGGGGGAUUUUAGCCUUUUUGGGUACCACAGACCUGACUUCCUGCUCGACUGAUAUUUGUAUUUAUUAGAGUUUUUUUGUUUUUUUUGUAACCGGAGGAAGUGGUCCUGAUGUCAAUCUGGUCUUCCUAUAACUUUCGGUCAAACCGAAUUGACGUGUGUUUGGCAGGUGGGGUGGGGGUUUACGACCUCAUUAUGGGGCAAGAGAGUUGUUAGGAGAUCAUCUAAAAAGAUCUGCGUCCAAGAAAAAGUCACUUUAGAGCAAAUAACAGAUACGUAUUCUGACCUAAAGACUACCUUAAUGAGAUCUAGUUUUUUCUUUAUUAAUGCACUCAUAUUGAAAUGUAUUUUUUUUUCCCUCCCUACAGAAAUGGUUGCCUACUAAUAGAAUAAUACAGAGAAUUCCCCACUAUUGCUUUCUAAUAAACAAUCUAAAUAUCUUGGA